UGUUGUUUGAAAUUUGUUCUACAAUUUAUUAAUUUACCUAUGAGUUUGUUUAUCUUUCUACAAUUAUUAAAAUCACGUUUUUUAAAAAAAUCUGGAAAAUCAAUAAUUGAAAAGUUGGUAACUACCGAAAAUGAACUUUGUGUGUGCUUCGAAGGCUAUAACUUUAAAAGAUUUCGACCGAAUAUGCCGAACCUGUAUGGGGGACGAAAAAAUAACCCCCAUAAUGGACACCUUCAUAGGUGAUUUAAAAAUCGUCGAUUUACUGAAGUCCACUGUGACGAUUGAAGUCAGCAACGACGAUUUUCUCCCAAAAAAUAUGUGUGAAGCCUGCCUUAAUGCCCUUUUCGCAGUCUACAAAUUCAAGAAACAGUGUCAAAACACCGAAGCCGCCCUAAAACUACUAGCAGACAAUGCCUUUGGAGCUACCACAACCCCCAAAGAAGAAGGAAUCUCGUACAACAUCACCAUCAUCGGAGACGAUGUAGACCUAAAUUCUGAAAAAAGCUGCGAAAAAGACUCAAGUCCGGUGAAAAACACCCCUCCUCAAGAACACAAUUACAGCGCCCGCCCCGACACAACACCCCCCGAAAACGACGUCCCAAAGCCCCCGAAACCCCGCAGACGCCCCAACCGCCCCAAAAUCACUUGCCAAGUCUGCUGCAAAAUAUUCUACCGUGCCACCAUCGACCGCCACAUGCGCACCCACACCAAAGAAAAACCCUUCCAGUGCGAGUAUUGCUCGCGCUGCUUUUCCAUAGACCGCAACUUGAAACGCCACAAAAUGCUGCACACUGGCGAGCGCCCCUUCAUCUGCGAGCUCUGCGGGAAGGGCUUCAUCCAAGCCGCCUCCCUCCUCGCCCACAAACAAGUCCACCACUCCCACAAGGGAGUCCGCCGCCGCUCCCACGAACAGUGGAAAUACACGUGCGAGUCCUGCGGGCGGGGCUUCAAACGCCUCGGCCACUUCAACGCCCACACCGAAAAGCACGCCCUCGAGUCGGGCGCGGAAGUCCAAUCGGAGAAGAGCGAGCCACGCGACUACGUGUGCGACGUGUGCGCGCGCGCCUUCAAGACCAGCCGCACGCUCAAAACGCACCAGUUGGUACACGGCGAAAAGACGUUUUUGUGUAGUGAUUGUGGGAAGGGCUUCGUGUCGAAGGCGGCGCUUGACUCGCACUUGAAGGUGCAUACGGGGGAAAAGCCGCACACGUGCGAGGUGUGUAAGAAGACGUUUUCGCACUAUAUGAGUCUGGUUUCGCACUUGCAUACACACACGGGGGUGAAGCAAUAUAAGUGUCGGUUUUGUGAUAGGGCGUUUACGCAGGCGUCGCAUGUGAAGUCCCAUUUGAGGACGCACAGUGGGGAGAGGCCGCAUAAGUGCUCGUAUUGUGAUAAGAGUUUCGCUUUGAGGGGGAAUUUGAAGGUGCACGAAAGAACGCACACGGGGGAAAAGCCGUACGCUUGCCCCGUUUGUGGCAAAGGGUUUUAUGACUCGAGUAGUAUGAAGAAGCAUCAGAAGAGCCAUGAGGAUAAAUAACCAGAAUUUUGUAAGAAUGAUUGUUUGAAAAGUGUAUUUUUUACAAAAGUGUGUUCUUUGUAAUUUCCCCAACUACAGAAAAAUUCAAAGCAAGCAAGUUUUUAUUGUUAUAGCA